CGGAAGCUGCAUGUUAUCUUCUGUGGAACGGACCCGCAAGUGCUGGGCCUUCUCCCUCACUCCGUAGAUUCAGCUGCCCCGGUCGGCCAUUCCAGUAGAUUAAAUCGCAGGAAAUGGCUGGCUGAUUUCAGCCGCAUGGCCUUGGGUCUGCACUCAGCUCGUUCUCAGCCCUGGGACGACAUAUAAAAUGAGCUCUCACCCCGUGUUUGACCUCUGAUUUCAGGUUGUGGAACACAAUAGCAGUCAUCAUGGCAUCAACAACGUCCCCCGGUAUAUCUUUCCAUGCCACCGUGUUCAUCGCGGAGGAAGACGUGGACAAGUUCUUUGAGGCCUGCCGUCCAGUAUUCGACAAGAUCAUUGCCGAGCCCGAGUGCACGUUCUUCGAGAUUUACCAGUCGCCAGAAAAUUCUGGAGAGAUCUCCUGGGUGGAGAACUGGUCUGCGUCUGUCGAGUGGUUGAUGGAGGUCCAGGUUAAGAAGGACUACUAUAUUCCGUACUUUCAAGCGACGGAACCAAUGUAUGUCAAGCCACGGGUCAUGAAGCUUGUCAACCGCGUCGGUCCUCCAUAUACAAUGGUCAAGAAGGAGAAUGGAGGAUUCAGGGAGUAGAAUUGAUUUUAUUGGGUUAGAAAGGAGAGCGUGAAUGAAUGCUGCUUAUUUAUUUAUUUUUUUUCUCCUGUGCUGUACGUUGCUGCCUUUGGAGCCCCAAAUCCCAGACCGCGAGGGUUAUACGGCG